AGCUCCUUCUCCAUAGGACUUCUGACAUACGUUCAUUCACCUUCACAAUUCCGAACCUUGGACCUUAGGCAAAUUGCAGGCUGUCUCACAAUAUCUUGGGUUUCCCUAGCAAUCUGGCUUGGAUAUGUCGUAGGGCGACACACUCCUUCAAUCUCGCUGUCAACUCAAGCACUCUUCGACUUGCGCCUGCUCUUCGCAGUUUUGCUUCCCAAUCUGUCCCAUUGAGGGACCCGAGCAUGGCGACCUGGAAUGUCUCUGUUCUGACCUCCGCGUCGUCUGACACGGAGCCCUCUCUCCUCGUCAACUUUGGAACGGCCAAGUACAUCUUCAAUGCCAGCGAGGGCUUGGGUCGGUCAUGGUUGCAGAGCCACCAUUCCUUUAGAAGGUUGAAGGGGUUAUUCUUGACGGGUGCAGGGACACAGAGGUGUGGUGGCAUUGCUGGCCUCUUGAUGCUUUGUGCGGACGCGUCAGUGCCCGCUAUGGACAUCGUGGGACCGUAUGGCUUGAUGCAUUAUCUCGCUACCAUGCGCGGGUAUACAUAUCGCUCAAUGAUGACUGUCAAGGCGGUGGAAGCUCCAACCACUCCCGCGCACGAAAGCCUCAACUCGCCGCCGCCAAUUUUUCAGGACGAAAACAUCACGGUCCACUCCAUCCCUUUAUACCCGUCUGUUGAGACCGUACCUGCUGGGGACCCUUCAGAACGGCCAUUGAAGAGAAAACGUUCCCUCUCUCCCCCAACUUCCUCAAAACGCACUUCUCCGCCGCCAGUUGGUGACAGCGUCGUCGAGUCUACGUCUCCAGUGCCCGCAGUCAUCUACGAGCGUGCGAAGAGGAGCGAUUUCUCUCCGUCCUCGCUCACUGGUUCAGACGCUCAAGAAUGGCGAAAGCUCAUGCUGCAGGAGAUGUUUCCGCUGGAGGCUCCCCCAGAGCAGGAUAUCGGCCUCUCUAAGAAGGAGAAGCGCGAGGCGAGACAGACUAUCGUUCAGACGGCGAGCGCUCCGAUGUCAUCUCGAGCACGAUCGCCAGUUGCAAAUGACAAGAAGCACGCCCGGCUCCCCCGUCUGGAGAUGGGACCCGAAGGGCUGCCGACGCUCGGGUACCUCCUGGUUGGGCCGACUGUUCGUGGCAAGUUCGAUGCGAAGAAGGCGGAGGAGCUUGGCAUUCCUCGUGGUCCCAUCCGAGGGCGACUGAUCAAGGGCGAGACGAUCACAUUCGAGGUAGACGACGGUCAAGGUGGCAAGCUGCAGCGUACCGUCAGACCGGAGGAUUGUGUUGGCCCAAGCGAGAGCCCUCAGUCGAUUCUCAUACUGGACGUGCCAACGUCGGCAUACAUACCCUCCCUCAUGGCAUCCUUUGCGGACUCACCUUUCUUCUCGCAAUAUCGCUCAAAGGAAGAGACGGCCCGGAGGCAGCAUCCCGUGUACGCCGUGUAUCAUAUGUGUAGCGCCAAAGUACUCGAAGAUGAACGGUAUAAGUCGUUCAUGAACGGGUUCUCUGAUGAGACUUACCACGUAGUAUCUUCAAAAGAGCACACGCCAAAUCAAAUCUCCUUCACUCGUUCGGCACUCGUGCAAGCGAAGCUCAAUCAACUGGACGCUGAUAUGUUCCCCAUCCCAAAAUAUGAACUAGCUCCUCAGCGAGAUCUUGCUUCCAUCACCGGUCUUCCCACAAGGACAAUCUUGUCUCGAAGAGAUCUUCUACUCGGCCUCCGACCCCUCAAUGCACCUGGGUACGAUUCCUUAGCAAAGGAGGAUGCGUUCAAGACGCUUGCUGAGUCCAAAUCUUUGCCCGAACUAUCGGCUUCAGUCAACGAGAAGUUCGCCGCCGUGAAGGCGCGCGUUGCUGAGCGGAUAGGCCGACGUAGCCCGGCGAGCCAACCAGGAGACGACGUCGUGGUAACUCCUCUCGGCACUGGCAGUGCUAUACCCACCUUAUUGCGAAAUGUGUCCGGAACGUUGAUUCAGAUCCCGGGCCACGGCAGCAUCCUUCUCGAUUGUGGCGAGGGUACCUGGGGCCAACUUGUUCGAUCUUUCGGCGACGAUCCCGCGAGGUCCACAGGUGUUUGGGAGGUAUUGCGUAAUAUAAAGUGCAUCUACCUGAGUCAUAUGCACGGCGACCAUCACAUGGGACUGUCGAAGAUUUUGACAAUGCGUGCGCAGAUGAACCCACCUCCCACGGACCCACUGUAUGUCGUCGGCCUUCGUCACCACCUCAUGUACCUCUUGGAACGUCAAGAGCUUGAAGAUCAAGGGCUGGCAGAUCUCAAUGGGAUUGUCAUGGUCCUCUCAGACGCGCUUAAUUGGCGAUUCGCUCGCCCGUACGGAAGGAACCAGACUGAAGACGAGCCCUUCAUGAACCAAGAAAGGUCGCGCGAGAAUGCUCAAGCGAUGUGCCAUGCGCUCGGGUUGAAAAGCUUCACCACCGUUGAUGUCGCGCACCGAACCCGCUGCUACGGUGUGGUGAUCAGGCACAGGGACGGAUGGAGCAUGGCCUUUUCCGGGGACACCAUGCCGACGGACAAUUUGGUCAAGGCAGGCCGCGACGUCACGUUGCUUAUCCACGAGUCGAGCAUGAGCCCCGAAGAAGAGGAGCUGGCGCGAGAGAAGGCCCACAGCACCUCGGCACAAGCGAUCGAUGUGGGCAGGCGUAUGCGGGCUCAGAAAAUUCUCCUGACCCACUUCUCUGCCCGUUAUCCUGGGAUGCCGCCUCGACAAGGCGAAACGUCUGGCGGGCCCCUCAUUGGGCUUGCAUUCGACUAUUCUCGGAUACGCUUGGGCGACAUGUGGAAGCUCAACACGUACCUGCCUGCGAUACAACACGCAUUUGACGACUUAGGGGAGGAGGAGCCCAUGGAAAUCGACCUCACAAAAUUACAGUAGAUACUCGGACAUCACUAUUGCUUACAGAUCGCCUAAUUCAGCGCAAACGUUGCCCAUCGUUCAUCACAUAUUC